AUGCGAAAUGCCGUCUCGAUCCUGUCGAGACGAGCUACGCAGCACCAUCAGCACCACCGGCACCACCAACAUGCAACACCGCUCCUCUCGAGCACCCUCCCCGGUCCCCUAUUGAGCCGACUCAAUCACACCCAGGGCGCCGGCACGCAGCCUCAGGCCACCGCUCACCGCCAGGAGCAGGAUGCUGCCCCUACAGGCGAGGAGAAGGAGGAAGACGCCGAGGCCACAUCGGCAGCGAGGCCGUAUAUUCCACCUACACCACCUCCCUUUCCCACCUCGAGCUCGAGCACCGGUAGCAGCAGCAGCAGCGGCAGCAGCCGGACCGGCCCACCUACCAGCCAUGGACACAGCCCGCUUAGACUGCAGGGCGCCUCGGACAGGAAAGCUGCAAAGAGGGGCCAAGCUGACUUCGUCAACAACGACCUAUGGACUCCUGCUGCGUCCUCAACUUCGCGAGGGAACGAGGCGGCCAAGCCCCUCCUCUACCCUGGCAUCGCUGCUCUUCUCUCCAAGGGAAAGGCGAAGGAGACUCAAGAGGUCGACAUCUUCGCUGAAGCCCUCGCCACUUUGCCAGCAGGGACCCAAAACGUGACAAGGAGCCAUCGCCCUGCACCGGUCUGGUCCUCGCUCUCGGCCACGUUACGCGCCUAUCCGCACCUCACGCUCGGUCAAGCCAAAUUGCUGCUCUCACUGCGCCGCCAUGUCGAGUCCAGCAUACCGAAACCGACGCCCGGUCAGCUGCUCAGCCUCUACCUCGACGUCCUCUGGCAACAGCGGCGAAGACCCUCGGACCCGGAAGCCCGUCUGGACGAGAGCGCCGAGAGCCUGGCGCUGCUCUUGCGCUACGCCUUCCUGCACGAAGACAUCAAGACCCUGCGCAGGCUGCAGGAGCGGGCUUCGGAGAGCGCCCAAUCUCGAAGUGCCCGCCACCGCCGCGCAGGGUCCGAUCAUCGGCCGAGCAGGCGCGGCGAUUGGGUAUCUGGCUGGCCUCCGCCCAUCGAGCCCGUCGACCUGGGCAACUCGCUCCUCGUCACGCUCGCCGCCAAACACGGGCGUUGGAACCUCGUCAGAGCCCUGAUGCAUCGAUACGCUGUCGACAAGGAAGCCAUCUCGCCAUACGUCUGGAGCAACCUGAUACGACACGGCCUCGCGCAACCGGCCUUCCCGGCAUCAGAAGAGAUGCCUCAAGACGACGCGGCUAGCAAGGCCCAUCUGAGGUCGAGCGGCGAUGACUCUGACGUUGGCGCGGCGUCGCUACCGGCCAGCCGCAAGAGUCGGCGAAAGAUGCGCUUAUCGGAAGAGGCCGACGCUGCCCCCAAGGAUGUCGCAGCCCCGCGCACUCCGAUCUGGGAGUGGUCUGAGGCGCAGCUGCUGGCCGAAGAGGACAAGCUGGCCAAGCAGCAGCAUAUCGAGAUGAUGCGUUCGGAGCGCGCCGCCGUGGCGGCCACCUUUCUCCCCACGCUGACGUCCAUCUCGCGACGUCGUCUUGCCGAUGCAGAUGAGGGUAGAUCGCGCAGUGACGAGCCUGGUCGCAGCAGCAAUGGAUCGAACACGACAACGGCGAGGCAGCCGCCGUCCUGGCUCCUCCUUUCGACACUCAACGACCUCGCGGACCGCGGACAGUCUGAGCAGGUGCUCAAUCUCGUACUCCUACAUCUCGACGCCAACCCACCAGCGUUCGACGCCCUCUUUGAUCCGCCACAGAGUCUUCUCGACGUUGACCCCGCCUCGUCCAGCGAGGCCACCGCCCAACACAGCAGCAGCGGCACACCGUUUGCGCUGCCCGUCUCGGAUCCGAUGCAGAGCAUCGACGGGACGACGCUCCUGAACAUUGCGAUGCGAUCCCACUUCCGGGAUCCGCAAGUGUCCCUCGACGAGAUGCUGCAGCUGUUCCGCCGGUUGACGUCGAUCGACCUCGUGCGCCAGGCCGCCAAUGUCGACGGCGCAUCCGGCGAACCGGGUGCGCAAGAAGGGGCAGGCUGUCGAUCCCCUGUCCCUGCCGCCUCGGCCAUUCACGCUGAUGCCUCGACGUCGACGAGCGAAGCAGCGUCCACAUCGACGACCUCCACCGCCACCGCCACCGCCACCGCCGCUGCCGCUGCCAUCGACGACUCCAACACAUCGUCAAGCGCUGCACGGGCAACCUCGAGGAGUCGGAACGACGGCGAACCGGGGUACACGCUGGCGCCGAGCGAGCAGACGCUCCUCUACCUCCUCGCCAAGGUCUCUACGCUACCGCGGCACGAGCGCUCGUCGACGUCGCUGCGGCUCCUGACCCACUUUUGCGUCCACGCGGAUCCCUACCCGUGGCGAAUUGAGCUGAGCACGCGCAGCUUCCGACGCGUCCUUGGAUUCUGCCUCGGUGGUCCCCGCGCCGUCGCUGGUGGUGGGCGUGGCGGUGGAAGCGAGCAAGAUCGAGAGGACGAGGGGCAAGUGGCGAAACGGUGUCUGGACCUGUUUGAGCGCUACAACACUGCUGGGCGGGAACAGCAGGAGCGACGACGACGGUAUCUUGGUGGGGUGUGGGAUGGCGUGAGGGAUAUGAAGGCCACGACGCGCGGGAGGCGGCGCGGGAUGGGCGGCGGCGGGGAGGAGGUGGGCGAGGGGAGGGAGAGGAACGACUGGAGAUCCACGCUGCACCGCCUCGUCAAGCGCGGCUGGAUCCGCAGGGGAUACAUGCAGAGACUUGCGUUGCUCGUCGAGCCUCGACGUGGUGCGGAGGUGGUGGAGGAUGGUGAAGAGGCAGGGGCGGAGGCGGAGGCGGAGGUGAGGGAGGAAGAGGGCGGAGAGGGCGCACUGCAGCCGGACGAUCUACCGUCGGAGGUGGACGGCGGGGCGCGCUCCUCUUCGACGCCGUCCAGGAUCCAAGGCGGAGCAGAGUGA